CUUCUAUAGUCAAUAGAUCGCCGAUAGAAGAUCUAUAGGUCUUCUAUAUCCGAUGGUAUAUCUACAGGUCUUCUGUAGGCAAUAGAAGACCUCCAGGACUUUUAUAGCUGAUGGAAGGCCUUCAGCUAGAAGAUCUGGAGGUUUUUGUAUUUGGCUAUAGAAGACCUGCAGGUUUUUCAUCGGCUUUACAAGACCCGUAGGGCUUCCAAUGGCAUUUAAAGACCUCUAGGUCGGCCGAAAACUACCUAGAAUUCUUCUAUUGUCUAGACCUAAAGUUUUUCGAAUAUUUUUAAAGGUGCUUUUAGACAAAAAAAAAUACGUUGCUCCUCAUAUAAAUAUGUGAUUGGUAAAGGCAAGAACCUUAAAGUAUGCUAUAUAAUAUGAAAUUAUUAAUAAUGCAAAUGACAACAACAUCCUAAAAGUAUGCCAUAAAAUAUCAAAUCUACAAUAACAAAAGAAAAAUGCAUUUUAAUGAACUGUUGGUGCAAAAUAUAAAAACAACAACAACAACAAGUCGCCAUAGCAAAAGGAACGAAAGACAAGUUAACAUCAAAACGAAACCAACCAAACAAUGUUAAUUGAAUUUUUUUAUCGGCCCCGCAACAGCUACAACAUAUCAAUAAAACAAACACUUUGAUUUUUUUAAAUUAUUACAAAACAAGAACAACAACAACAUCGAUAGAAAAAGCUAACAAAGAAGGACAAAUCAAAAAGCCACUGCAAAUUCCUAAAACAAGAAGUCGGACAUGUCACUUAAAGGAUAUGCCAUAAUGGCAGCCAUCAGUGCUCACAAUCGCCGCAACAAUGGCAACAACAGUAACAACCACACUGAGAGCAACAGCAUCACCGCCACUGCUGCAGAUGCUGCUGCCACAACUACCCCAAGUGCAAUUAAAACCACCGGCAUUGCCAUGGACACUGGCUCCUCGGCAGAAAACGCGAAUAACAACUACAAAUCAACAACUUCACCUCCAACGGACAACAGGCUGGCAACGACAGCCUACUAUGCACGAAAAACGUCAAACCUUGAGUCAACAGCCACUACACCACUGAAUCCCUACAGCAGGCGUCGUGUGCCAAACGAUGACAGCUCCAGGACCCCAAAUACUUUAAAGGAUGAAGUCCAGCAUCAUCAUUCCCAUCAUCAUCAUCGUCUAGAGUCGCAUCAGCUUUCACCUCAUCAUCGCCAUCACAAAAUCCCGGCAACAGAUAGCCAUGAAAAUGCAAAUAACGAAGACAACGAUAGCUAUGAAGAAGAGUCGGAGGAUGAUGAGACUGAAGAUGAGGCGGACACCUCGGCUCAUGAUGGCCAGGAUGAUAUGGCCACCAGACAACGACCCAUAAACACAUUCUAUGGCAGCGGUUUUGGCAUCUUUCAUCAACAACGUUCCAAUGUGGCUGGUGGUGGAGGCGGCGGCGGCGGAGGCAUUGCCCUUAUAACUGGCCACAGUGGAUCGAGCAGCAGCUAUUCGAACGGCAUAAAUAACAAUGUCAAUCUGCUGUUGGGAGGAGCCAUGUUAACAUUGAUUACGACCAUUUUGUGUGUCGUUUGCUAUUGUUGUCAUCGCAACAUAAAAAAGCGAACCGAAGCUGCCUAUCGCCAGCAACGACAGUGGCUGGAAAAUGAUCCGAAUAUGGAAAUCUACAGUGUCGAACAGUGCUAUGAAACCUCUGGCCUCUUUGUGGGCGAUUCUAUGGACGGCCUCGCCACCAUACCGGCCCUGCACCACGAACCGCCACCAUCUUACGAUGCGGUUGUGGCCAUGCAGGAGCAACAGCAUUUGCUUAUGCAACAACAACAACAGCAAUUGUUAAUGCAACAGUUACAAAAUAAUUCGCCCCCGCCCGGCUAUCGGUCUUCGCUGGAUGUCAGUUGCAUGCUGGCCGCACGUACCGCCAGUUUGACACCAGCCCUCUCGGCCAUGGGUUCCACGGAAACCAACAACUCCUUGGCUGUUGCCAAUGCCACCACUAGUUCUUCGUUGAAUGUCAGAGGUGGUCUAAUUCGUACGCCACCCGAUAAUGAUCGGGAUGUUGUUGUUGUUGCAGCCACAACAUCGGCUGGCAGUGGUCAUUUGCAACAGGCGGCCACAUUUUUGCGUUCCUCCGUGGCCUUGGGGGGCAAGCAGCAGCAGCAGCAAAGGCAGCAACGUCAAAUGACCGCUGGCAAUUUGGCCAGCUUCAAUAUGAAGAAGGUCUUGCAGGCCCAAUCAUGCUGUUCCCUGCAAAGAGCUGAAGUUGAAAACAUGUGGAAUGCCGCGGCAGCGGCUUUGGCAGCCAGAUCCAGUCAUGUGGCCAGCAAUGCUGGCGGUGGCGGCGGCGGCGGAGGCUCUGCCGUCGUUGUGGCCACCAGUUCGCCCACCCUGGUGAUGAGCAACCGCAAAAUAUCAAACACUCCCGAAACGUUUGGCAGCCGUUAUUUGAAACAACAACAACAGCAGCAGCAGCAACAACAACCGAACUAUUAUCGGCGUGGUUGUCCGCUGUGUGGAAAAUUCCGCUAUGAAUCGAAUCUCUCCAUAUCGAUGGAAAGCGAUUUGGAUAAUGUUGAUGAGGGUGAGGCGACAGAGCCGGAGGCUGGAGGUGUGGAUGAGGAGGGCAAUUUGGAGCUGGAUUAUAAUGCGGGAAAAAAUGUCGCCUUGGAAGAGCAUGAGCAGCCUGAUGACGAAGAUGAGUGUUCCUGUGUAAAUGCCUCAAUUCGAAGAGCACGCAUGUCAAAAGAGAAGGGCACCAACCAAAGGGAUAAUUACAAUAACAACGACAACAACAACUUCGGAUUAUCAACAGCAGGUAAUUUCCCGGAAAAUAUCGAGCUAUUGCCAGUGGUGGCAGAGGAUGUAAAUGCCAAUGACCAUGCCAAGGACUUGGCGCCAACCAGUUCUGUCAAUGGCCAAAAUGACAACAACAACAACAACCAUACUAAUAACAACUCUGACAACAAUAAUUCGGACACUCCGUUGGAGGAAGCACCCACUUGCUCCCAUCAAUCGUCCAAUCAAUUGACACCCAGUCCCAUAAUGGAACCGGCAGCAACAACAACAACGACAACCAACAGCUCACCCACGGCCUCCUCGACCAGGUCCAUAACCAUCGAUCUGAACUGCAUCAAUGAGAAUGGCAUUAUCAGUCUGGACAUGAGUAAAAUUAUCGACAAAACGGGCCUACCCACCUAUGAUGCGGCCCUGAAAUUGGAAUCCAGUGGCUAUGUCUGAUGCUGAGCUAAUCUGCCCAAAAAACAACCACAACAACAGCAGCAACAGCAAAACUAUUCCCGAACACACAAGUGCUUUAUAGAUUUAAACAAUGGAAAUGAAAUGAAGACCUGUAAAUAAAAACAAAAACAUAAAACGUUCCAGUCCA